AUGUACUGGCUGCAGCGAGCGAGUUCGUACAACUUCGUUGCUUCCCUUGUUCGUCCUACUCCUCAGGUUCCAGUUUUGAAAAAAAGUCUGGCAACAACGGCGACGUCAGCAGCUGAGCACGAUAAUAAAUGUGUGCGUGGAAUGACUUUUGCCGGAGAUAAUUCGUCCCCAUCCAGUACCUUCCAUUCACAGCCAUCGUCAGCAGAAAGUGCGAAUUGCUCGCAGCCAAGUUCUGAUGAAACUCCAGUUUGCAGUAAUGGGACUGGCGAAUCUUUGCCAUCCGAAUACGCGCAUUUAUCGGAUCAUGGAGACAGAGCAGCGGCAGCAACUAAUCAGAAUGGAAAGGAUGACGAUGAUGUGAGCGUUGCGGGCACCGUGUUUAACGAACCCUGGGAUUCCACCGUCUGGGAAAAUUUAUUAGAUCUUGCACACUAUGGUGAUGAAAAGCCAUCCACACUCACAAGGCACUACGAAUUGAAUCAGAUCGGCAGCGUCGGUGAUGCGAUAGCUGAAGAGGAAGGAGAUGAUGAAGUGGCCUGUUCAUUGGAAAUGAGUUAUGAUGGCGAGGAAGAGCGAAAUCUCCAAAAAUCGCAGCAACAUCAUCUUAGUGGCAAGCGAUGCAGUGACGAUUAUGGCACUGUGGUUCGUCGACUGGACAACCACAGCCUGGCGGAAUCAGAUGGCCGGCGAAACGGCGUCAUCAAUAUUCACGCUCAUUUGAAAAAUGAAAGUAGCUUACGCCGGCAGCAGCUUGAAGCAAGCAGGUCUGUUUGUUGUGUAUAA